UCAAAUGCACACAAUAAACCAGUAAGUGGCUCUGCGGGCGACCCUCCCGUCUUGCACAACGCGAAGCCGAAUGAGCCAGAUCCAGUCAACAGGGCUUCCGCUUCUUUGUAUCUUCAACUCGUGGAAUUGUCCGAAACAGGAUUGUUCGUCUGGUCUACCGCGAAGGCAGAACUUGACUGGCAAAAUUGGGCCGUCUCUUCCGUCCUUCGUGGACUCACAAACUGGCGAAUAGCUACAUCAAGACGCGACAAAAUACACAUCUUAUCUCAGAAAGGGAAUCCUCACCUUUUCUAUGCUGCUGGCCCAGGAGACCUGAUCUGA